UUCCGGUGAUCAUCAAUGGGCGGAAAUUCCACUGUACUGCUUUUCAAUAUUUGCUCGUUUAUCACUCUUAAAUUAGCCACGAAGCCACUCCUUCUGCUGUACAUAAGAAGGCAUCAAAGCAUUUUGGUGAUCAGUUCGCUUCUACGUUGCAUUCAAAACGGAGACCAGGUGAACUUGCUUCGAAGGUUUAUAUUGAGAAGAGUGAGAAAUACCCUUUAGUCGUAAUGCAAUCGUCUGGUGGUGAUAACCUCCUUUACUAUCGAUUGUUCGUUCCAGAAGAGAUCAAGGAGCCCCUCGCUGAGUUCUCCACAGGACAAGUUACAAGGUCGACAACUCAGCUUCGUAUUGGCCCGGACAAUGACGGCGAGAGGGAGAAGGUCUUCAAGAUAAAGUUAUUAGAUAGUUCGGUUGCGGCGACGCUUCUGCCCUCGGACGAAGACAUCGCGAUAGUUGUGCGAUUGGGCAGCGCUAUUAUUCCUAAUAAACGCGACCCACUUUAUGUGAUGAUUUCUGAUGAUUAUCAUGCGAUCGGUUUCAAGAUUAGUGAAAGUGGGCCAAUCAAAGGUGCUGAAGGAACGCCUGGCAAAUACUUGGAUCCUGUUACUCUAAGAGGUGAUGACAAUGAAACGAAGCCGUUGAAUACAGCGGAUUGGCCUGACGAGUUUGUUAUCACGUUGAGACCAAAGAAGUACUGGGGCUCAAUCUUCUGCUCGCAGGGUAAUGGAAACAAACAGUGCGUCGGAUAUGGCCAUAAUCUGCACUUCAGAAAUAAUGGCAUGUUUCUUGACGUGUACCGUCAUGCUCCAAUUGAAGAAUACAUCAUUAAUUACAUUGAAGUCAAAGUGUUUGCAAACAGGUCUUAGACAUUGGUCGUCAUUUUAAUCCCAAGCGUUUCAAUGCGAGACCAUUUAUAUUUGUAUUC